ACGAAAAGGAGCUUCGUGUUUUGAUACAGCAACAGGAUUGAAUUUAAGCGGAGCAAGGCAAUAAACUGUUAUCAUUUGAAGAAAAACCUUCGCCGAAGAUAAACACAGUGAAUUUAGUCAGAAGUGCAACUGGAAAGUCAGGAGCGAAUCAGCUGAGCGAGGAAAUAACUGCAUUCGGCAAACGCAAAAGUCAUUGAAAAACACCCCCACGAAUGUGUCUGUAUUUUGGAGUCGUGGAGCACCUGGUGGACUUGGUGGCCUACUGCAUGUGCCGUGUCCUGGAGCUGUCCUUGUUCACAUGCAUGAUGGUCUGCGGAUCCCUGAAGGCCAAGCUGACCCACGGACCCACCAAUGAACUGGAGCAAUGACCAGGGAACUACGAGAGUUGCUAAAAGGAUGCCCUGAGUGCAUAUCCCUGCGUAUUUGUGUGUGUGCGUGCUUUGUGUUGUGUGUGUGUGUUUCGACUAAAAUUUAAUAAAGGAAACUUUUCCAGUGGCGAAUAAAUUACGAUUUAUA